AGCAGGCGAAGCAAGGGUACACAGUUCUGGCCGGAACGUGAGCGGCUCAGUGUGGAAUCGUCCCUCAACCAUGCCGCUGCGGAGCUUACUGCUGCUGCUGUGUGGCUUCGGCCUCGCCCUCGCCAACCCCUCGUGUCCGGCGAGUAAGCCUGGCAUGCUGAACGUGCACUUGGUGUGCCAUACCCACGAUGACGUCGGCUGGCUCAAGACGGUCGACCAGUAUUACUAUGGAGCGAAGAACGACAUCCAGAUGGCGGGCGUGCAGUACAUCCUGGACUCCGUCGUGCGCGCGCUGCUGGAGGAUCCCAACAAGAAGUUCAUUUACGUGGAGUCCGCCUUCUUUUUCCGGUGGUGGGAUGAGCAGACCGAAGGCAUGCAGAAAGCCGUGAAGGACCUCGUCACCAGGGGCCAGCUGGAAUUCAUCAACGGCGGCUGGUGCAUGAACGACGAGGGAGGCGCGCACUACAACGCCAUUAUUGACCAAAUGACCCUCGGGAUGGUAAAGCUGAACCAAACCUUCGGAAGGGCCGGUCACCCAACCAUAGCGUGGCAGAUCGAUCCUUUUGGUCACUCGCGGGAACAAGCAAGCUUGUUCGCCCAGAUGGGUUUCGAGGCCCUGUUCUUCGGGCGUCUCGACCACGACGACAAGAGCAACAGGUGGCGCCACAAGACCAUGGAGAUGGUGUGGGAGGGCAGCCAGAACCUUGGGAAAUCGGCGUGGCUGUUCACAGGCGUUCUUCCCAACGGCUACGGCCCCCCGAGUGGCUUCUGCUUCGACAUUAACUGCCGUGACGAGCCCAUCAUGGACGACCCACGACUUCACGAUUAUAACGUCGAUCAAAAGGUUGAUGGGUUCCUGAAGGCGGCGAGCGAGGAGGCCGAAGGCUAUGCAGCUAACGACAUCAUUAUGACAAUGGGGAUGGACUUCCAUUACAUGAAUGCUCAUGCUUGGUACAAAAACCUGGAUAAGCUAAUCAGGCACGUAAACGCCCGCCAGGAGAACGGGUCAAAGGUCAACGUGUUCUACUCGACCCCGUCCUGCUACCUGAAGGCCCUGCACGACGCCGGCCUCACGUGGCCCACGAAGAGCGACGAUUUCUUCCCCUACGCGUCGGGGAACCACAGCUACUGGACGGGCUACUUCACCUCCAGACCCACGCUCAAGGGCUACGUCAGGAAGACCAACAACUUCCUGCAGGCGGUGAAACAGGCGGCCUCUGUGCUCGGAAUGGGCCAGGAUCCCCGCCUGGAGCGCCUUAAGGAGGCAAUGGGAGUCCUGCAGCAUCACGACGCCGUCUCAGGAACCGCCAAGCAGCACGUGACGAACGACUACUCGGAGAGGCUCUCGCAAGGCGUGAGCGAGUCCUUCCAGAUGAUGACUGAGGCAUAUAGCACACUGAAUGCAGCUGAAGGAGGCGACGAGGGAGGUCCAGAGGCCGCCAUCGUCUUCUGCCCUCUUCUGAACGUGUCUUCGUGCCCUGCUUCCGAGGCGUCCGAGGCCUUCACCGUCACGCUGUACAACCCCCUCGCCCGGCCCCGCUCCUUCCACGCGCGGGUGCCGGUGCCAGGCGGAGUUGGAUACAAGGUCACCGACCAACAGGGCCACGCCGUCGUGAGCCAACUCGUCCCCGUGCCCGACGCGGUGCUGCAACUCCCGGGCCGAAACUCGUCCGCGACCUUCGAGCUGGUGUUCCUCGCGCAGGACAUUCCUCCAUUGGGCCUCCUGCAGUUCCACGUGCAAAGGACGGCCAACCUCCUUUUCCAGAAGGAGCAGAUGUCGCAGAUCCUUCGGCCGGAGCGAGGCGUCAAGGACAUCGAAGUGAAUCUCGGGGAUCAGGGCCUGGCAGUGUUGCUGGACAAGGACACUGGCCUCCUGAAGUCCAUCGGUGUUGUUCGUCCCGACGGCAUCACCAUGAUCAAGGUGAACCAAACGUAUCUGUGGUACGCAGGAAUGAGCGGAAAUAACAGCCAAGAGGAAUUCCGCGCUUCCGGAGCAUACAUCUUCCGGCCGGACGGCGCUCACGCUAAGCCGGUGGCCGCCGCUGCAAACGUCACUAUCGUCCAAGGUCCUCUGGUGGCUGAGAUACACCAGGUGUGGACGCCUUGGGUCAGCCAGGUCAUUCGCGUUUAUAAGGAAGAACUCGCUCUAGAGAUGGAGUGGCUUGUGGGUCCUAUUCCCAUCAAGGACGGCAUCGGGAAGGAGGUCGUGAGCAGAGUGAUCUGGCCAGACAUCUCCACCAACGGAACCUUCUACACGGACGCCAACGGAAGGGAGAUGAUUAAGCGAGUGAAGAACUACCGGCCCACAUGGCAGCUGCACAACGUGGAGCCCGUUGCAGGCAACUACUACCCAGUGAACUCCAGGCUGGUCAUCAGCGGCGGCCCCGACUUCCAGGCAGCGCUCAUGAAUGACCGCUCGCAGGGCGGAACAUCGCUGGACGACGGCCACAUGGAACUCAUGCUGCACCGCCGCCUCCUGCACGACGACGCGUUCGGGGUCGGCGAACCGCUCAACGAGACUGCCUUCGGGGAGGGUCUGGUGGCCAGGGGGAAGCUCUUCCUCCUCCACAGCGACUUUGCGAGUGACGACUGCGACUUCGGGUGUCUGCAUCGUAGCCUGGGAGAAAAGCUGAUGCUUGAGCCCGUCAUCUCUUUCAUAGCCACCACCAAGCCCGCUCACGUCUGGAGGUCCUCUGUCAACGCCAAGUGGUCCGCGGUGACUCGCAGCCUCCCUGCCAACGUCCAUCUGCUGACCCUGGAGCCUUUCGGGACGGACGCCCUGCUGCUCCGCCUGGAACACAUGUACGAGGCCGGGGAGAGCAAGCAGCACAGCCAGCCCGCCUCGGUGGAUCUCAAGGGUUUGCUGGCCGACUGGGAGGUGACGAGUGCCGUCGAAACCACACUGGCAGCUGACCUGAGGAAGGAGGACCUGCACCGUUACGAGUGGAAGGUGUCCUCGACGUCCCGCCAGUCCAACAUGAUCCCCAGAACUCAAAGGAACGCCAGCGGAGACACUGAGAAGGACCUCGUUGUCUCUCUGCAACCCAUGGAGAUCAGGACCUUCAUUCUCACCGUCAAGAAACUUUCUCCUUAAUUCCAGUGGAAUAUCCUCUUUCAUUUGCUUUCUGCUUAAAAUUUAAAUUGUUUUCUUCCAAUUUACGGUUAUCACAGUGAUGUACUUUUCGAUUUUCAUUAAUAUUAUGAUCAUUGUGAUUUGAUACUAAUACCAUAUGAACACUGAAGUA